AUGACCCUGAGUGGCUUCAGGCUCCUUUUCAACGAGACCACCUGCGUCUCCAAGCACAUACUGCACGAGAUCAACACCUUCUUCUUUGUGGUCAUGGAGCCUUUCCUGAGCUCGGACGUGAACGAGCAGCUAAGGUUUACGAGGAAGCAGGAGGGUCUGAUGUUCUCACUGGGAAUCCCUCAGCACAUGCAGCUGAUCGUGUUGAGAAGGAUCAUCAGUGAGUUCCAGAACCCGCGCCGCGACAAGGGCGAGUGGUUCGACUUCGAUGUCAUCCUGAGGGAUUGCAUGAUGGAGCUCAUGUUUGCGGACCUCUCGGUGCAGACUCUGGUCUCCUCGUAUGUGAGCAACAUCACAUACGACACGGUCAUGUAUGUCAUGUUCCGGUCUGCGAUGCGCCUGUUGCAGGUACCGGAUUCGUACUCCCUCCCCUUGUUGGUGAGGGUGGUGAGGGCGGGGGGUGUGCAGAAUGUCCCGGAACUGGAUGAGGCGGAGAGGGUCGCCAUGAUCGAGCUGAGGGAGUGGAUCAACGGGAGGCUGAAGUUCCUCGUGAUGGCCCGCGACCUCUACACCUCGAAACCCCGAGACCAGCCCGAUGCACAGCCUUACAGCUACCUGGGGAUCAACGAGAACUACACGAAUUCAGAGGGGAGGACGGUGUUCAUAGCCGACAACUGCCUGUUUGCCGAGGGUGUGGCAGAGGAGGACGAUGAGAGCAGCAAGAAUAUCUGGAACACAAUGAGGAACUUUAUCGUGAUGAUACCCGAGUUCCAGAACGCAUUCUCCAGCUUCCGCAUGCACAAGGAUGCGAUCACGCCCACCCUUUUGAAUCAGCUCUUCAACAUGAAGAAGAUCAAUCGAGAGUGUCUUGACAUGCUCUUCGGUAUCGACAAGCUGAAGUUCACUCGUAUCCUUGAGGCCCUGGGGGUGAACAUGUCUCUUGUGCCCCUUUGUUGGAAGAACAUGUCCCUGCAUUCUGCCUUGAGGGACGAGGGGAAUCGAAAUUCCAACGUGUUCAAUCUUGUCUAUGUGGGGAAGAAUUCGUGUGUGUUGACUGUCAAUAUGAUCGCCCUGGUGGUGUUGUCUCCCUUCUUCCAACCGGACAACAUCAACAUCCUACACCAGCUGCAGCAGAGGCAUACGACCUGCAAGGCCGUGCAGAUGGCGAUGGUCCAGAGGGUGCCGAGGGCGUAUUGGCCCAUGGGGAGCUUCCCGGUCAUGCAGGUCGAUCACCACGGCAAGUGGCUGAGGUUUGCCAUGCCCGCCGCGGAGAAGGUGCCAUACCAUGUGAGCCUGUUCCCUAGGGAUGACAGCAUCGACUGGUGCCACAAGGUGCCGAAGCUGAAUGGGAGCACCUCACAGCUCUAUCCCUUCUACGAAGAGGAGACGGCUGUGUGUGGGAGCGUGGUAGGCAUGGUGAAACGCAUGAAGGAUGGCAUGUCCCUCUCCGAUGAGAGCACACACAUUGACGACUACUUCGAGGUGAUCAGGAAUAUGGGGGAGGAGGUCACGCAUAGCUUCUUCAAUCUGGACAGCGAUAGCAAGGAGCGCUACAUAUUCUACAACGGAGGGCAGUGGAUACUGGUCCUGUUGGGCGGCAGUAAAGACGCGACCGUAUCUGUCUUUGACGAGGACGAGACGGGGGAGAACCUCAUCCUCAUGGAGGACAUAACCACUUCGGUGAGUGGCUUGCAUGGGGUGUUGAUGGGCCUGCAUGCCGUCCCCUUCCCUCGUAUAUUCACGGAGAGGCUGGUCUACGGCGGGCAGGGCUACCGCGGUUACUUCAGGGGCUUGCAGGAGUCCGACUGCAUCAGCGACUUUGGGGUGGUGAGAAGGAACAGUGAAGGUACGUGGCUGGACUCCGAGGGUGUCUAUUCAGUCGAGUUCUACGACGCGGUGUCGGGGGGACCACGGAUUGCGUCUGUCUCGGUCCUGCAUAUCGCCAAGGUGCUCGUUGGAGAGCUGCAGAGGAUGGUGGUCUCGUUCGACUCCUUCCCCAAGGGCAAGCUAUUCCUUCCAAGCCGUGAGGAAGACGGGCUGCUCUACGUCUAUAACUACCCGUCCAUCCGGCCUUCGGUGGCGGUGGGCAUGUCCUGCUACUCCAAUGGGAUCUACGAGGAGGCGCUGGAGACGAUGAUCUUCCACGUGAGGUACUGGAACCUCUUGCACGAGAAGAUAGGGACAGAGACGGACGAUGUCAUCAACGAGUGUGUCGCCUACUCCUCCAUUUGGGAGGUGAAUUGA